UAAGACACAUCUUCUCUCACCACAGACAAACCAAAAAUAAAAAGAGUUUAGUUCCAAAAGCUUCCACCUACAAUAUAGUCUCUCCAAUAGCAAAUAGCAAAUCACACAACAACACACACAAGAAUGAUAGCUUACAUAGAGCCAUACUUCUUGGACAACGAGUCCGACGCUGCCUCCGUCCUGACCGUCACCGGGAGAUCUUCCGACGGUGUUUCUGAGUCACUCAACAUCCAAGGGGAAAUCUUGUGCGGCGGCUCUGCCGCCAAUAUCGCCGGGAAGGACUUUGGUGGCAUGAACUGUGUGAAGCCUCUCGCCGUAGUGAGACCGGUUGGACCGGAGGAUAUCGCCGGAGCGGUGAGAGCAGCUCUGAGUUCCGAUAAACUCACGGUGGCGGCCCGUGGAAACGGCCAUUCUAUCAACGGCCAAGCCAUGGCGGAAGGAGGGCUCGUCGUCGACAUGCGGUCCACCGCCGAUAAUCAUUUCGAGGUUGGUUUCUUGGCCGGUGGCGAUGGUGGUGGUACGGCGUUCGUCGACGUCUCCGGAUGGGCAUUAUGGGAAAAUGUGCUGAAACGGUGCGUUUCGGAGUACGGUUUGGCGCCGAGGUCGUGGACUGAUUACCUCGGGUUAACUGUAGGCGGGACGUUGUCUAAUGCCGGCGUUAGUGGACAAGCGUUCCGUUACGGUCCGCAGACGUCAAAUGUAACGGAGUUAGACGUGGUAACGGGGAAUGGUGACGUGGUUACUUGCUCGGAGAUGGAGAACUCGGAGCUCUUCUUCUCUGUUUUAGGUGGUCUUGGCCAAUUCGGUAUCAUCACCAGAGCUAGGGUUUUGCUUCAGCCAGCACCAGAUAUGGUGAGGUGGAUAAGAAUAGUAUACACCGAGUUCGACGAGUUCAGUCGGGACGCUGAGUGGCUAGUGAGUCAGAAGGACGAGGCAUCGUUUGAUUACGUGGAGGGAUUCGUAUUCGUCAACGGAGACGACCCGGUCAACGGCUGGCCAGCAGUUCCACUCCACCCGGACCACGUUUUUGACCCGACCCGACUCCCACAAUCUUCUGGGUCGGUUCUUUACUGCCUCGAACUUGCUCUUCACUACCGAGACUCUGACUCAAACUCAACCGUCGACAAGAGAGUGGAGAGAUUGAUCGGACGGCUGAGAUUUGACGAAGGGUUGAGGUUCGAGGUGGAUCUGCCUUACGUUGACUUUUUACUGAGAGUAAAACGGUCCGAGGAGAUGGCAAAAGUGAACGGCACGUGGGAAACGCCACACCCUUGGCUUAACCUCUUUGUGUCGAAGCGUGACAUUGGAGAUUUCGAACAGAAGGUCUUCAAGGAGCUUGUCAAGAAUGGAGUCGGUGGGCCUAUGCUGGUCUACCCACUCUUGCGAAGCAGGUGGGAUGACCGUACGUCAGUGGUUUUACCGGAAGGAGAGAUAUUCUACAUUGUGGCAUUGCUUCGGUUCGUGCCGCCUGGUGCUAAAGCUUCAUCGGUCGAUAAGUUGGUGGCUCAAAAUCAGGAGAUUGUUCAAUGGUGUGUCAAAAAUGGAAUAGAUUUCAAAUUGUAUCUUCCUCAUUACAAGUCUCGAGAGGAGUGGAUUCGUCACUUUGGAAACCGAUGGUCGAGAUUUGUUGAUAGGAAAGCUAUGUUUGAUCCCAUGGCCAUCCUUUCGCCGGGUCAAAAGGUUUUCAGUAGGGCUCUUUGACCCCCUAUUGUUCGUUUUUACUUCGGUAUUCUUGAGUUUUGUGGGAUAAAUGUAAUUUUUAUGUAAUUCUUUUUUUCCGAUUUUUAUAUGUAAUGGACCUUUGCGUCUUGUCCAAUUAUGGAGUUCACUUCAAAAGAAAAACGUCCUUUUU